CAGACAGCACAAACAGGCCAGCGGCGGGAGCCAGGGGCACUGCCAGUCGGCCGCAAAUCCCUACGCGCACGCUUAUGGAGGGGCGCGCGAGCCCUCCUGGCGCAUCCCGCAGCCUCCCCACCGUGGCCGUGCUGUUCCGCGGCCCCGUGGAGCCGAUCGUCUUCCUGGCCAACUUUGCCUUAGUCCUGCAGGGUCCUCUCACCACGCAGUAUCUGUGGCACCGAUUCAGCACCGAGCUUGGCUACAAUGGCACCCGCCACCGGGGCAACUGCGGGAACCAGAGCGAUGAUCCCAUCAUGAAGGAAGUGGAGACCCUGACUUCCCACUGGACCCUCUACAUGAAUGUGGGUGGCUUCCUGGUGGGUCUCUUCUGGUCUACCCUGCUGGGAGCCUGGAGUGACCGUGUGGGUCGCCGCCCGCUGCUGGUGCUGGCCUCUCUAGGCCUGCUGCUCCAGGUCGUCGUGUCCAUCUUCGUGGUGCAGCUGGAGCUCCAUGUCGGCUUCUUCGUGCUGGGUCGUGUCCUUUGUGCUCUUCUGGGAGACUUCAAUGGCCUCCUGGCUGCUAGCUUCGCCUCAGUGGCAGAUGUCAGCUCUCAGCGCAGCCGCACCUUCCGGAUGGCGGGACUGGAAUCGUGUAUUGGUGUGGGAGGAAUGCUAGCAAGCCUCCUUGGGGGUCAUUGGCUCCGAGCCCAGGGUUACGCCAAUCCCUUCUGGCUGGCCUUGGCCUUACUGAUCUUCAUGACUCUCUACGCAGCAUUCUGUUUUGGUGAGACAGUGAAGGAGUCAAAGUCUACCCGGCUUUUCACACUCAGGCACCACCGAUCCAUUGUCCAGCUGUAUGUGGCCCCCGCCCCACAGAAGUCUAGGAAGCAUUUAGCCCUGUACUCCCUGGCUAUCUUUGUGGUAAUCACGGUGCACUUUGGGGCUCAAGACAUCCUGACAGUCUAUGAGCUGAGCACGCCCCUUUGUUGGGACUCCACGCUGAUUGGCUAUGGCUCCGCAGCUCAGAACCUACCCUACCUCACCAGCCUGUUGGGCCUGCGACUUCUGCAGUACUGCCUGGCCGACACCUGGGUGGCUGAGAUCGGCCUGGCCUUUAACAUGGCUGGGAUGGUGGUCUUUGCUUUCGCCAUCACCACACCCCUCAUGUUCACAGGGUACGGCUUGCUGUUUCUGUCAUUAGUCACCACACCUGUCAUCCGGGCCAAGCUCUCCAAGCUGGUGAAUGAAUCGGAGCAGGGAGCUCUCUUUUCUGCCGUGGCCUGUGUGAAUAGUUUGGGGAUGCUGAUGGCCUCCGGCAUCUUCAACUCACUCUACCCAGCCACCCUGAACUUCAUGAAGGGCUUCCCCUUCCUUCUCGGAGCUGGCCUCCUCUUCAUCCCAGCCAUUCUCAUUGGGGUAUUGGAGAGGAUUAAUCCUCACCCUGAAUUUCAGCAGUUUCCUCAGAGCUCCUGAUCUGCCAGAGGCCAUGAGGAGCAGUGGACUCACACCAACUGUUCAUCUGCACCUCGAGCCCUGUGCACAGCAGCACCAGCUACCCCUCUUGUGGGCAGUGCUCACUUUGGACGAGGUAGUCAAGCAAGUUCUGGGCAAUGCCUGGUUCCCCACUAAGGCAGCCCCCGCCUAGAAUCUGGAGUCUAAUCUACACAGGCCCACUCCAGGGCAGGCUUCUGGGAGCCAUUUGAGGCAGAGGUCUCUUCACCCUUUGUACAUUCAUCACUCAGAAUCCUCUGGGGCAAAGAAGAUGACACUUAAGGGACCUAAUGACCCAUGAAGGCUGGAAUCUCUCCUUUCAUGUACUAGGUCCCUGAUGUGUACAGCAGCCACCAGUCACUCCUUAAUGACAACUAUGGUACCUGGUUAUUGCCAGCCUCUGAGGGAGAAGUUUGGGUCCCUUCAGAGGGAGAAGCUGCUAUCUGUGGUCCAGAAUCAGCCCUUGACCACAGCCUAUUCACCUUUGAUCUCAGCAGUGCUAAUUGUCAAAAUAAAUCAUUUGAAUCAGA